AUGUCUGGAUUAAAUCCUUUCCGCCCUAAAAAGCCAGAGAGUGAGGUUCAUCCGCCCCUUCCGAACGUUGGGCACGACGGUGCCUGGCGCCCCAGAGCAGUGCCUCCUAAUCCAUCACCAUCCUCCGUUUCGACAAACUCAUACUACACUGCCGCUCCAUUGACGGCCGGAUCGUUGACAAAUUCAUCCGCAACUCCUCAUGGCCAUUCCGAGACCCCUCCCGAAUCCUGGACGUCAGAUGCUGAUAACUCUCAAACUUCGGACGAUCCGUCGCUGCCAGACCCUUUCCAAAAAAGUUCGCACAUGAGCGAUAAUGAUGUGGAUGAGGGGGAGGACCUCAAUGAUGGGGCGUGGAAGCCGUCCUAUUCUCAUCGCUCGACCCCCGCGGGUGAUCGCCGUCACUCAGCUUUCAGCAUCGCUCCCCACUCCACGCCGUUUCCCCCAGGACCAGUAAUAUCGACUCCCACGACCGCUCUCGCACCCUCAGGAGGACCGAAUGCGAGGACAGACAGCAACAAUCGUUUGGGGGCGCUGGAAAAUCAGAGGAACCUGCAAGAGAAUACGAUGAAUGCGACGCCGAGCGCGCCUGUACCUAUAUCAGCUCCUCGUGGGGUACCUCAUACGGGCAGUGGUACUGCAACCAUACCUAGACAACAUACAGUUGCUCCAUCAUCCGAGUUUGAGAUGGGCCCGAAGCCUCUCGCUGUGCGUUCGGCAAACCGGGAUAAGAAACCUCCACCGCCACCUAAAAGCCAUCAUGGGAAGUUGAUCAAUCCCAGUCCUCAUGCGACAUCUUCUCAAUCUCAAUCGAUACCCGCUCGGCCAACCAAACGGUUCUCCUACCAUGGCACCUCCUCGGAGACAUCCCUUUCUCUAACUCCAGAUACACCUCCCAGCGGGCCAUCUCAGCCGAGGAUUGAUUAUUUUACUCCACUAGAUGAUAACCCAUCUCCUCAAUCGGAAACGCUCAGACGUAGCCAGUCACAGCACAAGCGGCCGCCGACGCCGCCGCUGAGUAGACGACACAGUCAGAUGAGAAGAUCCAAAAGCACCAUGUCCAGAACAAACCUGUCCCGACUAUCAAUGGCAGCUGGGAAGAUUGAGGUGAAUGCAUCUCCUCCUCCGAGCCCAGGUCCUCGAACUCAGGAGCCCAGAAUAGCUCCGCCAAUGCCAGACGAGGCAGGACCUAGUUCAGGUCAAUGUGAGCUCCCGUCGUCACGGCGAGCGUCUCAGGUGAACCCGCUGCCACCACCUCCCCCGCCUAGGAGGAAUCGAGUUUCCAGCAGUCAUAGCAACAGUAGGAGCCAACCUACCCUUCAUGAACAGGAGAAGCGGGCAGAGGAUGAGGACUUUAUCCCUCGUCCGUCGAAUGCCAAUGACAUCUUGGCCGAUUUGUCGCGGCUACAGAAAGAGGUGGAUGAUCUCCGUGGUCACUAUGAGAGCCGCAAGUUGCAGAAGCCGUUCUUCUUGCACGAUGAAACAGAGGGUGAUGGAAGGAAUGUAGUGCCUGAAGGCCUUCAAUAUCAGGCAGGCAUCGAUACCUUAGGCACCACAUCCCUCUCGGCACUGUCCACCACCGCUAUCAAAGACGGCCAUCAGGGUCAGCCUCUACCACACGGGCGACAUGCUCAUCACUCGUCCUCUGCCUCGGCGACGUCUACAUCUACUCUGGAGGCGGAGCGAGCCGAUCGCAUCUCCCGUCUCGCGGGGCUGGAACGUGUCGCAACAGCCCGAGCAGGAGGUGUUCCUCAAUCGAACCUCACGUUCGCGACGGCGCACGGCCCCGGCUACUUUGACAGCGGAUCGGGUUUCAAAGAAAGAAGCACUGUGGGCAGUGCCAGCGCCACUGGCAGCGUGGGUGCUCGUACUACAUGGGCAAGCGGCAGCGAUGCGCUCGACGCGGACAAGAUGAGCGAAGACACGAACGACGACGAUGGAACCUCUAGCGUGGGAAACAUCAGUGAAGGGGACGUGAGCCUGGUUGCAUUUGGAGAGGGCGCCAGUACGAUCAGUGGGCCGAUCUCGCAUCCCGGUCUCAACCGAAUGUCGUCGGGAGGUCGGCCGAGUUCGCUGGGAGCUGGAAGUCCUAGCAUGAGCCGAGCAAACCCCCUCGCGUCGUCCCAGCCUGGAGUUGAAGACAAUGCCGCCAUGUCCUCCUCGCUAUCUCCUGCGGGAUCGAAUACGCCCGAACAGAUCCAUGACGCUCGCAUGCUGGACGGGAUGACCUAUGACAGCGAUGUGGUCGACACGACCGUGAGAACCCCGCGGCUGGCCACGCCGUUCAGUCAGGGCCAGUCUGCCAAUCGGAACGAUGACUCGGGAAUUAAUUGA